AUGGGAACUCUCAAAGAUAAGACUGUUUUACUUGUAACUCAUCAAGUUGAUUUUUUGCAUAAUGUUGACUCUAUCAUGGUGAUGCGUGAAGGAAGAGUAGUGCAAAGUGGAAAGUAUGAUGAACUUCUCAAAGCAGGCAUAGAUUUUGGUGCACUUGUGGCAGCUCAUGAAUCCUCUAUGGAGAUAUUAGAAACAAGUGAUAAUUCCAAUGAUGAUUCUUCUCAGUCUCCAAAACUCGCCUGCAUUGUAUCGAAAGAAAAAGAAAGAGAGGUUGAAAAGCAGUCCUCUCAAGAUCAAUCUAAGUUUGAUGAUAAAACUGCAGCAAAGCUCAUUGAAGACGAGGGAAGAGAAACUGGACAUGUGAGCCUUAAAGUAUACAAACAAUAUUUCACAGAAGCAUUCGGAUGGUGGGGAAUAGCACUUGUAGUAGCAAUGUCAGCUGGUUGGGUGUUGUCAUUUUUAGCUGGUGAUUAUUGGUUAGCAAUUGCAACUUCUGAUGGUUCUGGCAUUCCUUCUUUUACUUUCAUUUUUGUCUAUGCUGCUAUAGUUGUUGUUGCAUGCAUAGUUCUUAUAGGAAGAGCUUUCAUGUAUACGUAUUUGGGUUUGAAGACAUCUCAAAGAUUCUUCGUUGGAAUGCUUCAAAGUAUCCUUCGUGCACCAAUGUCAUUCUUUGAUACCACUCCUUCUGGCAGAAUCUUGAGCCGUGUAUCUACUGAUAUAAUUUGGGUGGAUAUAACAAUUCCAAUGUUUACAAACUUUGUAAUGAUAACAUACUUAUCAUUAUUCAGUAUCCUUAUUGUCACAUGCCAGAACUCUUGGGAGACUGUCUUUCUCGUAAUUCCACUGGUCUGGCUCUACAACUGGCAUAGGAAAUAUUAUCUUGCAACAUCUAGGGAAUUGACUCGUCUUAAUUCAAUCACAAAAGCUCCGGUGAUUCAUCACUUUUUAGAGACCCUUUCUGGUGUUAUGACAAUCCGUAGCUUAAGAAAGCAGAAUGAAUUUUGUGAUGAAUAUAUUGAUAGGGUGAAUGCAAGUCUAAGAAUGGAUUUCCCAUUCCAAACUUGUUAG